CUUUCCUGCAUGGUUAUAUUUAGCUGACAAUCGUAUUUGUUUUUAUAUAUAUAUAUUUCUAUGCAACUCUAAAUAUUUGCAUAAAUUAGUACCUUGGUGCUUUGUGGUUUAUUGGACAAGAUUUCAUAUAUGGAAAAGAAAAACUUGCUGUUAGUUUUAGCUUACAAUGCAGUAAUUUAAAUUCAUGAGUUUGGCCCCAAACAAGAUGACCAGAAAUUACUAGAUCAUAAAUGCAAUGAAACCAUUACUUCGAUCAAGGUAAAUUUCCUAGAACAUUAAGUUGUGAAAAUAUAUAUAUUAAUUCAUACUUAGUUGAAUAAAAUUCAAUUAGAGAGCCCGAAAAUAGAAGAAUUACAUAAUAAAUAAAAAAAUUGAACAAGAAAAGGAAACCUCAACUAUCUUUUUAUAUAGUUAGUAGAAUUCCUUUCUGGAAGUUUGUGAAUGUCACACCAUAUUUUUCAUUAGUUAUAUAUUAGUUACUCCAACAUGAAACCUCUUACCUCUGGGUUAACAGUGAUAUAUAUAUAUAUAUUGGUUUUUCCCAUCUCAUUUUGGUUUUUGGUUGUUGUAGCUUGAAGUUACAAUUCCGUAACAAUUCUAGACAUAAUAUCCUUGAGAAUAAUCAGAAAAUGAAGAAAUUCUUUGGAAUUUCUUUAUGUAUCAUUUUAUUUUAUGGGAGAAUGCUUCGUACUUUAUUUGAAUGUUUGCAGUGAAGGAUUCAUUGUUGUCCAAAAGUCAGUGGCGUCCUUUGAUCUUUGGGCUGUAACAAUAUAUUUGAGUUUGAAGAGGCUACGCCUUGUAGAAAUUUUUGAUGUCAAACGGCUUCAAAUGCGCUAUGCCACUUCCCUGAUUGGGGGACCGUCAACUCUAGCUACUUUUGUAGCAGUUUAUGCGCUUUUUGGGCCAACAUUUCCUGGAAUUUUUGACAAAGACAGAUGUGUUUACACUCUAUUUUAUCCAGGGUUGUCCUUUGCCUUUCCAAUUCCCUCUCAGUACACAGAAUGCUGCCAUGACGGAGAAGCGGAAUUGCCCUUGGAGUUUCCGGAUGGCACCACUCCAGUUACGUGCCGUGUCUCCAUAUAUGAUAGUUCUACUGAUGGUAAAGUUGGCGUAGGGUCCUUAAUGCACAAGGCUUCUGCUCCUCCUCUGCCUUCUGGUAGCCUCUACAUGGAAGAGGUGCAUGUUAAGCUCGGGGAAGAAUUAUGUUUUACCGUUGGUGGUCAGCACAUCGCGUUUGGUGCAUCUCAACAAGAUGUGUGGAGUGAAUUAGGUCGCCCCUGCGGCAUCCAUCAAAAACAGGUAGAUCAAAUGGUGAUUCAUUCUGCGUCAGAUCCCAGGCCACGCACGACUCUUUGUGGUGAUUACUUCUACAAUUAUUUCACACGUGGCUUGGACAUAUUAUUUGAUGGGCAGACUCAUAAAAUCAAGAAGUUUGUUUUGCACACCAACUAUCCAGGGCAUGCUGAUUUUAAUUCCUAUAUUAAGUGCAAUUUUGUAAUCUUUAGUUCUGAGUGUAAGUUCCUGCCUCUCAUGCAAGUUGGUGGGUCUUUUCAUCAGGAAGUAAAUGCCUCUAAACGUAGCAUUGCACCCAGCACAAAAUGGGAGCAAGUGAAGGAGAUUCUUGGGGACUGUGGUAGAGCUGCUAUUCAAACACAAGGCUCUUCGAGCAACCCUUUUGGAUCUACAUUUGUAUAUGGGUAUCAAAAUGUUGCCUUUGAGGUUAUGAAGAAUGGCUAUAUUGCAACUGUAACUCUUUUCCAGUCGUGAUAAAGUGUUGAUUGGGGCUGGUGUGUUUUGUACAGUUAAUCGGUGUUAAAGCGGUACUGCUUAGAAUGAACAUCAUGAUGUAAAAUGUUAAUUGUACAGUUAUAUAAUAAAUCAUACAAUUUCUCUAUCUUGUCUCAA